AUGGGGACGCCGCUGGCGGCUCCCGGAUUCCUGCUCCUGCUGGCCGGCACCACGGGGCUGUGCCGGGCUCUCUUCUCGCUGCCGCUCCGCGUGUCCCGUCCCGCCGCCCCCGGCGGGUCCCCGCCCGCCCCGGUGGUGCUGCGGCCGGGGGGCAGCGCCCCGCAGCAGGACCCCGCCGGGGCCGCGGACGGCUUGGCCCUGGCCUCGGAUCCCGGGGACACCCUCAACUUUUUGGCCAUGGUGGAGAACCUGCAGGGCGACUCCGGCCGCGGCUACUACCUGGAGAUGCUGAUCGGCACCCCGCCGCAGGCGUUAAAUAUUCUGGUUGACACUGGGAGCAGUAAUUUUGCUGUAGCAGGUGUGCCUGAUCCUGAUGUCACCUCCUACUUCGAUGCCGAGCUGUCAAGCACGUACAGAUCUGAAGGGAUUGAAGUCACAGUUAAGUACAGUCAAGGAAGCUGGACUGGAGUGCUGGGUACAGAUGUCAUUACGAUGCCCAAAGGAAUCUAUGGCAGCUACACCAUCAACAUUGCCACCAUCCUGGAGUCAGAGAACUUCUUCUUACCAGGGGUUAAAUGGCACGGGAUUCUUGGCCUUGCCUAUGACGCCUUAGCCAAGCCUUCAAGUUCCGUGGAGACGUUCUUUGACUCUCUUGUGAGGCAGGCAAAGAUCCCCAACAUCUUCUCCUUGCAGAUGUGUGGUGCUGGACUCCCUGUUUCUGGAAGUGGUACCAACGGAGGUAGUCUUGUCCUGGGUGGAAUUGAACCAAGUCUGUACACGGGGGAUAUCUGGUACACACCCAUCAAAGAGGAGUGGUAUUACCAGGUGGAAAUUCUCAAACUGGAGGUUGGGGGUCAGAACCUCCAACUGGACUGCAGAGAGUACAAUGCUGAUAAAGCAAUAGUGGACAGUGGAACCACACUCCUUCGUCUGCCAGAGAAAGUCUUCAGUGCUGUGGUGCAGGCAAUAGCUCGCACGUCCUUGAUACAGGAAUUCUCCUCCGGUUUCUGGACUGGUUCCCAGCUUGCAUGCUGGGAUAAAACUGAAAGACCCUGGGCCUUAUUUCCCAAACUCUCCAUUUACCUGAGGGAUGAAAACUCCAGUAGGUCGUUUCGGAUCUCUAUCCUACCACAGCUCUAUAUUCAGCCCAUCCUUGGAAUAGGGGAGAAUUUGCAGUGCUACCGAUUUGGCAUCUCUUCCUCCACAAAUGCUCUGGUUAUUGGUGCUACAGUCAUGGAAGGCUUCUAUGUGAUAUUUGACAGAGCCCAGAGGAGAGUGGGCUUUGCAGUGAGUCCAUGUGCAGAGGUUGAUGGCUCUCCAGUCUCUGAGAUUGAAGGCCCUUUCACAACAGCAGAUGUUGCGAGCAACUGUGUUUCCAGCGUUUCUUUCCACGAGCCGGUGUUGUGGAUUGCCUCCUACGCUCUCAUGAGCCUGUGUGGAGUGAUCCUCCUCGUACUGAUUGUCCUGCUGCUCAUCCCGCCCCGGUGCCAGCACCGCUACACGGACAAUGACGUGGUCAACGACGAGUCCUCCCUAGUGCGUCACCGGUGGAAGUGACAAACUCCAUCCUGAAACCUGGGACUCCAACAGAACAAAGAACAGAGAACUUUGCCAAGGGGAAGAAGCCAAUGCCUCGGUCCUUUCUACGUCCAUUGCGAAUUUGCUGUUGAAACCCCACCGAAUAUCCUGCAUCGUAACUUUUAUAGCUUUAUUUUCUAACACUGAUUCUGAACCAAAGCACUGUUAACCACCUCUGAAGUGCUACGGUACUGGAUUUGCUACUGCAGUGCAAUUGAGCCUUUAUGCUCUCAACAGUACCUUCUUUAAAAAAAAAAAAAUCUAAAGAAAAAGAUUAAGAAAAAAAAAGAUAAAAAACCACACCAUCAUGUUCUUCCACUGUCUGAACAAAACUGUCCAUCUCUCUUUCACAAAAAAGGACCUGUCAGUAUUUUCUAACUAAUCAAGCCCUGACUGUAGAAAAAGAGAAAAAAAAAACAAUUUAAUAAUCUUUCUUAUUAAUUGCAUUAAAUGAAUCAUGCUUUCUGUUUACACCAAUUUAUUUUGAAACUGUGCUGAUGGUGCGGGGGAGGGAGAAAAGUCAGGCGUAAGCAGCAGGGAAAAGCAAGUGAGGUCAAGAGGAAAUGUUGGUUUGUGGUUUCUUUUCCUCAAGAUCACUGCUGCCACUUGAGAGGGUCACCCUCCCUGAGUGUUACAAAACAGCUCGAGGUGGUGAAAACUGGGUAAACAAACUUGUUCAGCCUUAGUGUCAAACAAGACUACCUCUCUUAAUUCACAAGGAUGCUACCACUGGUGAGCGUGGGGCUUAGAACUGGUCUUGAAGCACAAGAUGCUCCAUCCAACCAAAUGGAACUGCUUGGUUUUGAAUUUUUUUUGGAUUUUAUAAAAAAUUAAUACUUCGUGACUUUCCACUUUGGUGCACAAACAAAACAAACAAAAAAAGCCUUUCAGUUUUCCCCCUCAGGUGGGAUUUGUUUGGGUUUUUUUGAGUUGAGGCUGACUGAUACUUAGAAAAGGCUGAUCUGCAUAUGUAUGGGCAGGCAAUAAAGCAAAGGUCUGUGUUCUGUGACAUCUUUCUCUAUUUCUAGUGAGUGUGUAACUAAAAGGAAACAACAAAAUAAGAAAGACAACCUUUUUUUUUUUUUUUGCUGAGCUCAGCAAUCAUGAGUUCAAAAGAGAAGUAUCUGUCUUUAUGGACAGGUUGUGAAGUGAAAGUCUUAAUGCUGGCUUGUUUUCCAACUCGAGCAGCAGUUGGAGGUGUUUUGUUUUAGCUUCACUGCUGUCAAUCAAAAGAAAAGUGUGUGUGGACUGACUGGUUGAAAACAAACAUAUGGUGAGACUGAAAACAAUAGUGGGAGAGAGCAGGGAAGAGUAUAUUUGACCAGAUUUCCAUUCUGCAAGUGCAGAUAUUAAUGCUGGGGUCAGAACUUGGGCUUUUCUUUGCAGAUAGGACAGUUUUUCUUGUCUCUAGUCAGUGAGCACUGCGGGACCUCCGUGGCUUCUCUGUAACAGUGGACAAUGAUUGGAUUUGAAAGAUAAACAAUGCAAGGUUGAGGAUUUCACUGGGAAGUUAUUUUGGGAAGUAUUUUUAUAUAUAUGAAUAAAAGGAAAAAGUUAUUCCUUUGCCUUCUGAUAGAAGAGCAGUUUGCAUAUCCAUGUGGGAAACAAGGAGAGGGAAAGAAAAAAUAAGGAAGCUUAACUCUGAAUUUCCCAAUCCCUUGCCUAGACAGUUUUCUGCCUCUAAUCCCUUCAUAUAGCUCUCUGAUUCACACUGCCUCUGCAUCUGACUCUGCAUGGAAUAAGGAAAGAUUUCUGGGGCUUUUUUUCAGGAAGGGUGCGUUUACAGAGGUGCGCGUCAUGUGUGUGAAAAUAAAACACUGCGGGGGUAUUUUUAACUAACUUGUGUGUUUCACGUCAUAACUGGCAGUGCCUGUGGUUUUCUUUCCCUUUUAAUACUUGCACUUUCAGAUUGCUUGGCUCAACAGGGUGAGGUAAUUGAUGUGGUGAUCCAACGUCUGAAAAUUAUUUCUCUUGGAAUUUGGAGCUGGAAACAAACGGGAAUUUUUGAGUUUGUCUCCUUCUUCCUCUGCCUCUUGGUUUUUAAGAGGAGAAAAAUUGUGACUACAAGAAAUAUAAGAAACUAUAGAGCUUAGCUGUUUUGCCAGUGUUCUAUUUUCCAUAUCUUUUAACAUCUCAUAACUAUCCUGGGUUUGGCUUUACACAUAACAAAUAAUUUCCAAGUUUUAUUCCUCCUUCUUCUACAGUGUGGCAAUAGAAGCAAUGCUUCUGUCUCCUGUUUUGAACAGAAACACAGUCUGAAUUUUGGAUUGAUGCAGUGUCAAACAAUAAACCCUCUUCCAACUGAGAAAGUAGUAACACUUGUACGCUCUUAAAAGAUUUCAUCUCUGCUUCCCUCAGCCCAGCCCCUCCUAUCUCCUUACCACAAAGAGUUUUAGGAAGGAAUUUAUUGGGAAAGGUUCUGAGUAUGUUUCUAGUGCCAGCUGAGAUUUCGUCUGAGCUGGUUAACAAAAGUCCUUUUGGUGCACUGGAUUUCGUAUAAAAGCCUUUCAGCUUUACCCUCUCACUUUGAAUGCCACCGGUCAAGCUAUUUUAGUACAAACACUUGAAUUAUGGGAGCAAUAAUCAAGCAGCACAAAGGAAAUACUAACAUAUUCCUGAGCUUCCAUGGCUCUCCUUGCCACUAACAUUUGGCUUGUAGUAAAAAUGCUGUUAGUGGCAUCUGCUAGCAGCACAAACUUCAUCUUAGCUUGUAAAUUGAUACUUACACUGGCAGAUAUUCAGGUGAGUAUUGCUUUGUUGCUCUGGCAACAAGAAGAGCAAUAGAAAACCCCUGAGGUUCAUUUUUAGCCUACAGCACAUUAAGAGAAAUAAUGCUCUUGAGCAUUUUUGUGUGGAAGAUGAAAUACAGUGGCAGACUACAGUAUUACCAAGUGUGUGUCACUAGUGAUCUCUCUCUCUUAUAUCUUUAAAGAAAAAAAAAUAUGCUGGGAGGUAUUUUAUGCUCCUGUUACUAACUUCAGAUGUAAGAUUAAACCACCCCUUAAAAAAAAAAAAAAAAAAGGGGAGUGAGGGCACAAAAAAGCUGGAGCAUUGAGUAAAAACAGUGCUGGAAAAUAUCCUGUAUUUAUUGAGGAAGGCAGGAUGCCCCAAGCCACAGCACUCCACAUCAUUCCUUGUACAGGGAUCAAUAUUACUUGCUGAACCAGCCUUUUUCUGAUGUGGAUGUGAUGUCACAUACCAUGAGAGUGUCAGAAAGCUGCCUUUCACUGGGUGCAGCCUUUCAGGUAAUUGAUACAAUCGGUGCAAUCAAGAGGGGUUUGAAGGGCUGUGAUUUGAGUUCGACUGGUUAAACCUGAGUUCAGGCAGGGGAAUAUCUUGGUUCUAUCCCACUGCCUUCAUAAGUUUUAGAAAUGCUAUCAGGGGCUUUUCUGAAUAAGCCUUUUGUUCAGGUUCUGUAAAAGAAGGGGUAGAGGGGAUUGUUUUGUUUUUUAAGCUGAAAGGGCUUUUGUGUUUAGGAUUUGUAUAUUGGAUCAACUAAAUACAUCAAGGCAGUGCAGCAUUCCAGUUCCCAGCUCUGAUGCUGUGCAGGUGAUCACAGAACUGUGGGGUUUGGGAUCUCUGGUUAAACACGUCAGGUGCCUGACAACAGUUAAAUUUAACAGCUAAAAUCAACCUAUGAGCAUCCUACCCAGUUCCUUACCAUGUAUUGGCUGGUUUCACUCAAGGAUGAGCCAUUUGCCUGCUAACCUUGUCCUUUUAAAUAUUUAAAGGCUUAGGAGAGUUGCUUAACACAGCAGAUUUUCAGAGAGAGAGAGGUCCCUAAAGUUUCUGAAAAUACAGAAUGAUUGUGCUGCUGAAAGCUUUAAUUCCUGUAGGGCUUUCCAUCAGCUGGGUUGGUUGGUUGUGAUAUCCUGAUCUCAAAUGUACAUUUAAGUAGCAAUAUGAGCUGUGUAAUGAAGGGUGCUGGUAACAGUGACCUAUGGAGCUGCAAGUGAAAGGAAAUUAUGGAAAGAAAAGAAGUAAGCUACCUUUGACUUCAUUAAAAAUUGCAAGAGCAUAACAGAUUGAUCCUUUUAAGAAAGAGCUGUACAAUUUACCAAGACAUUAGUUCCUGUCAAACUUGACUCUGUGAUUGAUAAAUUGUUCUUUUCUGGCUGCUGUAGUUCUUGCUGCUGUUCAGAGAAGCGAAGACAGAUUGGUAACAGGAUACGAGCAAUCUUCUGAGCCAGUUAGAUCUUCUGGCUUCUGAGGCCUAAUUAGAUGUUAAUCCAGGCUUGUGAGCAAUCCAGCAUCCUGGUCAAUAGCUCCUCAGGAAUGUUAGCAGAAACAGAGGUGUUGGGUUUCAGCCCAACGAGGCAUCUGUCCCACAAAAGCCACUGCUAUGACCUGCACUUGUGGUGAGCUGAAGGUGGCUGGAGGUGUGAAAUGUAGAGAGGUUAAAUAUCUGAGUCUUCUGCCAGGCCUCCAGAUCAAGGCUGAGUCUCCUUGGAAGAGCCAAAUGGGAGAGCGACAGCAGUUGCUGACAAGCUGCUGUGGGAGUAACAUCAAGUCAGCCCCUGGGGUUCACUUGCCUGAAUAUUUUGAAAACCAGCAUUCUAAAGUGCCUGUUGGUGCUACUGGGAAUUAUCUGCUCACAGAUGAAUAAGAGGCACUAUCAUCUUUAAGUAGAAUCAUUGCCCAGUCGCUGAAUAUUCCCCUCUCUGUAUAACAAAGCACACGGUGCUGUCUCACCCCCACGGCAAUAUCUGUUCAUAAGCAACAAGACACGUUAUCAUAAAACAUGUUGACAUCAAUGACUGUACAGUAGUAAUAAAAGAAUGUUUUGUGUUUGCUUUGGGUGGAUAUUUGUGGUCGGGUAGUCUUUGAAAUACUGGGAAUUUUACAUUAGACUGCAAAGGCACAUGUAGAGUUUCUUUUAAGUUGGACAAAAAGUAAAACACAGAAGGUAAUUUUCAGCAUUUAAAGGGAAGUAGCCCUUAAUAAGUGUUCUCUCCUUUUUUUUUAGUUGAUGAUAAUCACCUAAAAUAAAUGUAUGUUUGGAUAGUUGCUGUCCUGCUAAUUCUCUGCUUGUAAAUCUGAUUUUUCUGAUUGUUUUCUGGCCCACUCAACCCCUCUCCCCCUGCAAAAACAUUCCUAAAAGCUGAAGAUGUCCAUGUCCAAAAUUCGACCUUCUAACAAAAUAUGCAGAUUUUUUUUUUUUUUUUUUUUUACCAUUCACAGACCUGUUUUAAAGUACCUUUUAAGUCUUUAGAAAUUAACUCUGGGUUGCCAAUACUCACAGGAGUAUUAGGAGAAGAACUAGAGCCAAAACUUCAUCUUUUCCAAUGGUCUCCACGUUUUUCUGUGUGCAAAGAACUCCUUUGUGCAUUUGACUACACUUCCUAGACCUCUUUUGCUUCCCACGUGGAAAUACUCUCGUUAUUCCUCACUGGUCCUGUUUGUAAAUUCUUUUUCUCUGUCCUCAGGAAAUACUGGGGUGGAGAAAAGGACCACAAGGAGCUGUGGGAGUUGGGGCCAUUCCUUAAUCAGGUGACAGCUUCUUCCUUGAAGGCCUUGGUGUUUUUUGUCCAACACCAACCUCACUGGACCAUUAUGGUCUGUUGGCUCAUUCUGAUGGCAGAGACACUUCUGCUCCUUCCAGCUGAGCAACUCAACCUGCUCUGAUUUUACAGCAACGUGUACUUAGGCAAAACACUUCAAUAAACACUAUUUGUAAUAAUCCUCUCAUCACACCCCCUUUAACUAGGGAAAUUUUCACAGAGCCAAGCCAAACCUGCGAAGGGGAUGUUUAUUCCUGUGUUUUCAGGAAGGGAUUAUGUAGGUGAGUGUUUAAAUGGCUGCAUUUGCAAUGUAGCUGUCCUCUGGAAAAUUCUGUGGGGGUAGAAAAAUGAGACUUGAGAAUGCUGAAGUGGUCCUAAGAAGUACAGCUGACGAUUUCUUGGCAGCAUGAAGGCAUGGAUUGCUGCAAUAUGUCCUGGAAAGAAAUUGCUUUGAUAGCCAGUAUUCUGUGCGUGCAUAAACUGUACAAAGUCGAGUGUUCAAAUAAGACUGAAUCUGAAACAGGCAGUUCACACUUUUUAUUGAAAGUUUUAUAUGGAGAUGCAGAGGUCUAUUAAAACUUUAAUACUACAUCAGUUGUUAUUUCAUAGUUAUUUAGGAAGUGUGGAAAGGCUUUCACCGUUAAGGAAAUUACUUCAUCUUGUAGAGGCAUUUCUUCACCUGUUUUUUUGUUUGUUUGGGGUUUUUUUAAUCAGGUAAUAUUUUUUAACAAUUGACUGAAAGGAAAUCAAGGGAUCAAAACGUCAAAAAAAAAGUGGUACAGUCUUUCUAAUUCAGGCUUCAGGUGAUGUUACGAUGUCUAUCCCACUUACUGUCAAGCCUCAUUAUUCAAUUUUCAAAAACAAUUGAUACUUUGUACUUUCAGGUCUUGCCAUUUUCAGACAAACACUAUGUAAAAGAUCAAAUUUUA